AUGGGCUUCUGUCCCGUGGGCCUCACUUGUUCAUCCUACUUCCAUGAUGCAGGCGUCACCAUUAGCUUUGUGUUGGCUGGUGAAUCUUGUGUGCUGAACGGGCUCUGUUACGCAGAGCUCGCCUCUCGUUUGCCUGCCGUUUCUGGAGGAGCUUAUUCAUACACUUAUACAGCUUCCAAUGAGCUGACUGCGUUUCUGGUCUUCGCCCAGCUGAUGCUUGACUACAAUAUCGGGGAGGCUAGCAUAGCGCGAGGCUUAGCAAACUAUCUGGUUACAUUGUUGGAGCUCUUCCCAUUCUUUAAAGACAAUAUUCCCAGCUGGAUAGGCCGUGGAGGUCAAAAAUUCCUUGGAGAAAAUAUGUCUAUCAACCUGCUAGCUCCCAUAAUCUUGCUUGUUCUGACUGUAAUUCUGUGUCUGGGAGUUAAAGAAUCUUCUGCUGUGAACUCAAUCAUGACUGCUAAAGGUACGGUUUAG